GAAUACAGAGAGAAUUUGGACAUUUAACAGUCAACAUGCAAGGAGAAACAGCCAUAUCAAGGGAGGGAUUCUUGGUCAAAAGGAUGUGAUACUAAAUCACAGGAUGGAGAGAAAGUACAGUGCUCAUGUUUUGGAGAGCUCCAUCUAUCCAGCUGCUGACCUCCUUUGUUCAGAAGGAAAAGACAUUCAUGCGGCUGCUGUUACCACUCUGCCACAGCACGUGACACGGACGGUAUUAGGACUCCUGCGCUGAAAAAGUCACAUAGACUCAAAACGUUAACUGUUCCUCUUUCCACAGAUGCUGCCUGUUUUUCCAGCACAUUUUCUGUUUUUAUUCGGGACUUCCUUAUUAUUUAAGGGUCACGUUGUUCACAACUGGAAAGUGCGAUGGUUCAUAUUGUCCAAGGACCAGCUUCUCUACUAUAAAAUAGAAGGGGGAAAGAGAGAGACUCGUCCCAGACGUAUCAUUUCUCUGGAAGGGUGUACUCUCCACUGCCCCUGUCUGGAUUAUGCAAACAGGCCGCUGGUGAUUAAAUUGAAGACAAAAAACUCUGUUGAGCAUUUCCUUGAAGCUUCUUCCCGUGAGCAGCGAGAUUCCUGGGCUGCAGACAUUCAAAAAAUGAUUAAAGCUUCUAACCCAGAUCACCAAGAGCAACUGAACUCUUCAAACGUGCCCUUUGAAAUACCAGCAAACAUUUACCUCAGCCACUUAAUCACUGACAUGCAAGAAUCCAGCAGUGGGAUAAAAGAGAUGACAAAUGGCGAAUAUGGGAAUACCUACAAACUGUGCUUUACAGGUGCCACUGUGGUUGACUGGCUGGUGUCCAGAAAUAUUGUCCAAACUCGUUCAGAUGGCGUCACGUUAGCCUCCCUUCUAAUUGAAGACGAUUUCAUUAAACCAGUCGGAGAUAAAAGUACAAAAGCUAUGUGGAAUAUUGCCGGCUCAGAUCAGUUCCUCGAUGAUUCAACAGCACUUUAUUGCUUUGCAAAAAAUGAGAGAAAGACCGAGAGUCCAAGUGAUAAGAUUGAAAUACCUUACAUGGAGCUUAGUGGCAAGAUUGUGAAGCAAGGAUUUUUGAUGAAGCAGGGACACAAAAGGAAGAAUUGGAAAGUGAGAAGGUUUGUUCUGAGGUCAGAACCUUCACACCUGCACUACUACGAUCCCUGCAAGGAAAAAAAUACUCAGCAUGUCGGUGGGUUGUCACUUCGAGGCUGCCUGGUUUCUGCUUUGGAAGACAAUGGAGUCCCACCAGGGAUAAAAGGAAAUGUUCAAGGCAAUCUCUUCAAGAUCAUAACCACAGAUGACGUGCAUUAUUACAUUCAAGCCGGAUCUCGGGCAGAAAGGUCAGAGUGGAUCCAGGCAAUCAAACAGGUGGCAUAAACAUCUUGCAAAAGUGUCCUCGGUUGGCAUUGGAAAGAAGAAAGGAAAUGAACUGUAUAACAAAAUUUCUAAAAAGUGCUCCUAUCUCAUGGCAUUUGGAUUUUAUUUUAAUUGCCAGAAAACGCAGUCUUGAAUGUGAAAACAUUGUUCAUAUAUUCUCUCUCUCAUACUCAAGUACACACGCACCACAGACACACACACAUCUACAUUGUCAACAGAAGUUGGCUUUGUGCUCUCUCUUGCUGCUGGACAAAGUGAACAUGGCAGACUUGGAUAUAAAAUAAUGGCCACAGGAGGUCGUAAUCUCCAAAUUUUGGAUUAAUAUUUGCUAUUUGUCCAUCUAUAAAUGUUUUAUGAAUGGAGUGUUACCAGACUGAGAUUGUACUCUGACCCCCAGUAACUGCUACAUGGAAAUGAUACUUUUCAAUGGAAUUUCGACAAGAUAGAAAAUGAUGCCUUUUGUUAUUGUAUUUAAUACCUAAAUUGUUAUUUAUGCACUUUAUUUUUCUAGAUGUCAUGUUGUAGUUCCUUUUUGUCAUGUUAUUGCUUUGUGUACUUUAUGGAAAAAGCUAAUGUAUUUGAAUGUUGCUUUUUCUCCUAAAAAAAAAUACUCAGCACUAUUUAAAGUUGGUCUGAAGUUUUGAGUGUAAUUAAAAGGAUAAACAAUUUAAUAAUUAAAGGAGGAAGCUGGAUGUUU